AUGCACAGUGAUCAUUUACAAGGCCCCUCAUCGUUGAAAGCCCUCACCACCACUCGCCACAGCCACCACGGCACUUUGGAGGCGAGCGAGAAGGCGACAUUGUGUGGAGCUGAAGUGGUCAGACCCACGCAAACCCCGAGUGCCAAGAGUAGGUCUCGGUCGCGCGACUUGGCGGACGAAGAUGACGAGGUCGCGCAUGCGCUUCCACUGCAGGGACGGCGGCACUCAAGCCUGCAAGAGCGGCUGAACGCCUUUUGCGAUGCCUCAUCCGCGAUAAUGUGGACAGAUGGAGAGCCACACACCACGGGUACCGCCACCGCAUCCCCACUUGCGGCUCGCGUCACAGAAACGGCCAGUGACAGGAACUGCUCUGAGAAGGACGAGAAGCGUCGGCUCAUGAAGGAAGAAGCACGUGUGCGUGCGGAGCUGCACUGGCUGACGGACGACCUUGCGCCACGCCUGCGAGUAGCGUGCACGGAAGUGCAGGUCCAAUUGGAAAAGCUGCAGCAGGAUGAACGUCACGUAAACGCAGUCCGCUCCUCCGCUUCCUCUUGCCGCUCCCCAGAUUCACCGCAUCUGCUCGCAACUAUCGAUCGCGAACACGAGCGUGUUGCCGGGCUGCUAGAGAGAGUGGAAGUGCUUCAGGCUGAACUGGAGCGCGAAGCGUCGGCGGACGCCGUAGGCGAGCCGCAGAAAUCGCAGCCCUCCAAUGGACACGAUGUCACCGCCAGCAGCACCAGGUGCGAAUUAGGGGAAUCGAGCCCGCCCGCCGCGUUCCGCGCACGCAGCAUCGACGCAGGUCCUCCGGGGCCGCUCGAGGCGAGGCACAGCCGCCACGACGACGUGGCCACACAAGGCCUCCAGUCACCAGACCUGUGCAUGGUAGAAAAGCUGCGUCUCCUCGUGGCAGAGGAACUUGAGACGGUGGACUCGUACCGAUCACAAAAACUGGCGCUGCAGCAACGUCUGUCUCGGCUGGCUGAGCUGAUCGAGGAUGUUGCCGCAGAAGAAGCAUCGCUGAAGAAGUCGGAGACGGCACUGCAUGAGUUGUUGGAUGGACGGACAAGCGAGCCCGUGGUUGACUUUGCCUGGCCACGCACCCUGCAGGGGCUAACCGAUGAAGAGGACGCAGCUCUGAGGGCGUCUGUUCAUAUGUUUGACAAGUACCAGCGCAAGCUGCAGCUCAUCACGGACGGCGGCCAAUGCAGCGCCUCCGCAAAUGUCCCCAGCAGCAGUGCGGAUAUGAGUCUGUUGGCCAACUCGUCCGCCGCCGCCUCCUCACCCACGGCAGCCGCCGGGGCGACGGAGCGGAGCGGACUUCGCACGGCAACCUGUGCAGCAACGCCCAAUCGGCGAACGCACUCAAAUGGUGGCGCCUCCAUAUGCAGCGAAAGCAGUGCUGUCGCGACGCCUACCUCUUCACGUGUGGAGCACCUUCGCCAGGUCUUGAGGACGGGCGACCGUGAGCUGGCACAGCUGCAGGCAAAGCUGAAAGCAGCACAAGAGUACUGUGACACGUAUGGCCCAAUCGCACGAGAACUCGAUGCGCAGCUGCAACGCGGUGAGCGGAUAUUGGCCGAGAGGACGAAAUAUUUGGCAGAUUUACAAGCGGCAGAGAGCGGAGAAGCCUUGAGGAGUGUCUGCUGA